AUGGCGCCACAGACGUCGAUACCUUUAGCUGCGAACGUACUCGGGACCAUUGGAACAGUAUUCUGGUGCGUCCAAUUACUACCGCAAAUAUACCGGAACUGGAGAACCAAGAAGACAGAUGGACUGCCUGAGUCCAUGAUGCUGCUAUGGUCAAUUAGUGGAGUGCCCUUCGGAGUGUACGCCAUCGCGCAGCAAUUCAACAUCCCGCUUAUCGUCCAGCCGCAGUGCUUCUUCCUAUUGAUCGGCAUCGUCGCCUUUCUCACUCUCAUCUCAGGCUACAUACCUAUCCCAUUCGAGCUACUCAAGAGACGGGGCCGUGUAGUAGGUAUAGACUUCAUCUUCUUGGCCAUCGAUUGGAACGGCGCGUUCUUCUCGCUGAUGGCUCUCGUAGCCCAGAACGAGUUUGACGUGCUCUUCGGGACCAUGUACGCAUUAUGCUGUGCCAUUGAGAUGAGUAUGGUUCUCUCACACUGGGUCUGGCUGUUCCGAACUCGUGGGAUCCGUAAACACGCGAAAGAAGCUGGCGUGAAAUUCGAUGAGUUCGAGGAAGCAAUAACCUGGCAGGCUAAGGGUAUUGAUGUCGAGAAGAAGAUCUUGCGCUUCUUCUCGAAAAAGAGCAGGCUCGAAGGGAGUACGCACACACAUGGGAAUGGUACGGACACCCCGGUCAACCCGGAGGAGAUAACCCCAAAGACAGUCCCGAAUGCGGUUGUAUAA